AUGGAAACACGAGAAGAUAUUAGUAAAGGUAGCAAGCAUGUUUGGACAGUUCAAGAAGACAGCAUGCUUGUUGAAUGCUUGGUCCAAUUAAAAACUGAUGGGAAGUUUGUUGCGGAUGCAGGAUUUAGUACAGGAUAUUUGAAUAGGUUAGAGGAGAUGCUAGAGGCAAAGGCUCCAGGUUGUGGAUUGCUUGCUAACCCUCAUAUUGCUUCAAGGUUAAGAACAUUUAAUAAGUCAUGGCAAGUUGUAUAUGACAUGGUGAAUAAUAAAAACACUUCUGGCUUUGGGUGGGAUACUGAAAAGAAGUGUGUGACAGCUGAAGAUUAUGUAUGGGCUGAAUAUGUGAAGGUUAAGAAGCAAGCUGGAAAUUUUAGGAAUAAAUGCUUACCUCACUUUGAAGAUCUAACAUAUAUAUGGGGUAAGGAUCAUGCAAUUGGAAUGACUGCCUCGAUGCCUUCCUCUCUUGCUGAGGAUGAUGAAGAGGAUUAUAUAAUUGAACAUGAGAUCAAUGUUGAACAAGGAAUUAACACAAAUACAAAUGUUGAUGCAUCUGAGCAACAACCUACGCAAUCAGCUGAGGUCCAAUCAUCUACAAAAUGA